GAUUGGACGGGAUCCGAGGACUACGCUUCGAUGCCGACAGGCAAAGGAAAACAACUUUCGCAAAAGUUGUACUCGAUUUGUGUUCUACUUUGGUGGAGGUCCUGUUCGUCCUCUGCUUUCCUGUUUUUUACAUCACUUCUUAUGGCAAGAUGCAGCGCAUGAAAUGCAAAUGUUAAUCUGCAAGGAUUCAAACUCCUUUUGGCUCAGCAUAUAAAUUUCAUGGCGAACUCUCUGAUCGCUUCAGCAGUUUCGGUAAAAAGAAACUAGGCUCCAAAGUUUCGAAAUAUUAUACGACCUACUUAAUGUUUAUAAUUCAAUUUAACAACAUCAACUUUUCUUUAACCUCAAUUCCUAGACUGCCUUUUACAUAUUAACACACUUUUUCCUGGCAUAAAAAUCUUUUGAAUUCAGUGUCAAAAUAUAUGUAGAUAUAUCCAAAAUUAUACAUUUUUUCCAACCUCAAAAUUUACUGUAUCCUAAAUAAAACAAACAUCAUCCAUCGAAGUAGACUGUCCUGUCCUAAAUUUGUACCCAAAUACGUGUACACAUACCUAAAGAUCAGUCAACAACAUCACAUAAACACGACAAUAUCAAAAACACUCGAUUUAUUAGAUCGGGGAAAAAAAAACAUCCACAGAAAUAUACAUAACUUAGUGCUUCAAUAUGAGCGACAUAAUUGAGCGUAAAACCCUGAUGCAGGAUAAGAGGAAACUCUUGGAAAACAAAAGAAUGACCAUGGGAAUGAAGUCCAUCUGUGCUUCUGUUAUGGGAAGCAUGUUCCAAACGAAUGGGGAGACGAGAUACUCCUUCAAUUCUAUGAGUAAGCGCCACAAGGCUGACAAGGAUUACGUGGAUAGUAAUUAUAAGGAUAUAGCUGUGGAAACGUACGAGCCCAUUUACAAAACCGUUUUCGAUGAUGACAGGGACCCAGUGCGUGAGCCAAGUUUCUCACAUCACCGCAUACCACUGCAAAUUCGAUGUCUAGAGCGGUACCACAACUCAAAACUGGAGUAUGCGAAUCAGUUCAAGCGUGAGAUACAACUCCUGAUCGACAAUCAGUCAACUGCGGAAAGUGCCUGGCAAUUUGUAAGGACGAUGAGUUAUACAACACUUUGGCCACCGCUGCAUACAAGAGAAGAGCUCAAAAACUUCGAAAAGGACUUCUGCAAACUUUCUCCUGCUGAGCAGCGUCGCUAUAAUAAAAUAAUGGCUACAAAUUUUACUUAGCAUCUCGAGGCGUAACAAGUGAAAUACUAUUUUAUAAAAAAAGAAAAAAAUAAAAUUGUAAAAAAAAUA